UAAACCUCAGUCACUGUCACAGUGCCACAUGACGUUUGUCUCGUCCUACGAGUGGUUUGGUUCACACAAACAGGGUUAACUUCUCCGUUUAUGAAAUAUCUUAAAGGGUAUCUUGUUUAGGCAACUAUCGCAAUGCUCUGAUAUCACUGCAAAAAUGGUGCGAAUAGCGGUCGUAGGAGCCGGUGUGGUGGGCUUGACCUCGGCCAACCUUCUCCAGGAGGCCAUCCCGGGGGCUUCCGUCACGAUAAUCGCCGACAGGUUCGGGCAGGACACCGUCAGCGAUGUGGCCGCGGGUCUCUAUCGGCCCGGGUUGCAAUUCCAGGGACCUAACCAAGAAGUUACUGAGAAGUGGCUGAGAGAUGCUUACGCCUACUACAAGGAGAUUCUGAACUCGGAAGACGCAGAUGAAGCGGGGGUCAAAAGGGCCCCUGGCUAUAUAUUCUCCACGAAUCAACCAAAAAUUGUGAAGAAUUUUCUCAUGGAACCCGUGGUGGACGAAUUCCGCCCGUGCACACAGGGAGAAUUGGAUCAAUACAACAUGAAAUAUGGGUCUUAUAUUGUUACCAUCCUGACAGAGUGCAGGAGGUUCUUGCCUUACAUGACUCGCAAAUUCCAGAAUCGGGGGGGACAAAUCAUCCAGCGCUACUUGAACAGCUUGGAGGAGCUCGCUGGCGACUACGACAUCGUCUGCAACUGCUGCGGGUUUGGGGCGAAAGAUCUGUGCGGUGACAAUUUCGUGACGCCCAUGAGAGGUCAGGUCUUCAAGGUCCGAGCUCCCUGGAUCAAGCACUUCUACUACGUGGAUUACGACACCUACAUCCUACCCGGAUUCGAUUCCAUCACCUUAGGAGGUACGAGGCAGUUCGACUCCUACAACACUGAAGUGUGCAAACACGACGCCGCUUCCAUAUGGGAGAGAUGCACCAACUUCCUACCAUCACUCAAAAAAGCGCAGGUCUUGAAAGAGGCUGUCGGUUUACGUCCGUAUCGAAGCAUCGUUCGAGUUGAGAAGGAAUUAAUGAAGUUUGACAAUGGGAAGACUCUAAAGGUUGUCCAUAACUACGGUCACGGUGGUUAUGGCGUGAUGGCAGCCCCUGGAACGUCUAUACAUGCUGUUUCAUUAGUGAAGGAAAUGCUAGGCCUACAGUCCAAGUUGUGAAGGACUGUUAGUCUUCAGCCCAAGCUUUGAACUGAAUGGUAGAAUGAAGUCCAAACAUUGAAGGGCAUUUUGAUCAUAUAAAGUUUUAGAUUUGGGUUAAAACUGUGAAGGAAAUGUUAAAGCGAAACAAAAGUACUAACCUUAGUCCAAACGAUUAGGAUAACGUUAGACUCAACGACUGUCCGUUUGUUAUCCUGUGGAAAAUAAGCAUUUUUCUCGCAAGCCCUUUCCAUGUUGUUUCAAAUAACAACACUAACAAGGGGCAAUAACACAGAGGGCAAUGUACCUUUUAUAAUAACAUAACUGUUAAGUAUAAGAAGACUUUUAGAUGUGGAAUUUUUUGUGAUAGAGAAACUCACCUGUGAUACAUAUGCAUACGUAUUGUAUAUCCUCAGAAUAUUUAGCCAUAUUUGUACAAAUUAUAUUCUCCAUGUAUAGGUGCCUUAGAUGCAAUAAAUAAUCAUCAAAA